UUCCGCACUGACAUGACAACACACAAAUAAUUGUUAUUAUUGACAGACCGAUAAUAUGUGAACUGAAAUUUUUUGCGGCGCGUUUCCGUGCGUAUUUUCGAGAACACGCUUGGCGGGUGUAAAUACUUUACGGGCGACUUAAGCCCGUCGAAAAAACGCGGAAUUUCGCGCGAGCUUCAUUCAGCAAAGGCGAGAUUUUUUCCGUCAAACUUGCCGUCACACGCGAGAAUAUAGGUUAUGUGAGCUGCCGAGUUGAGUGAGUGAGCGAGCAAGCUCGUCGCACAUCCUUGCCCGUUUGUGGUGAGCUUCCCCGCGCGCGAUGGGCCAGGGUACGGAAACGUGCGCCGACCGACCCACGGAGGUUAGCGUCAUCAGAUUCGUCUCACGGAAUCGUACUAUUGAGGAGAUCGCGCCGAAAAAGGAAGUAUAUACCUGUAAACAACAAGGUUGCGGUAAGAUAUUCACCAAUCAAGAUGAAUAUAAGACACAUGAAGUGCUGGAAGCUUUAAAGAUUCGAUUUAUUUGUCGUGAGCCAGGUUGCGGAGAAGAAUUAUCAGAUCCAGGUAGCAUGUGGCGACAUUAUCAAGAAUGGCACAACAAUGAAACAAAUGUUUUCGCAUGUCCAUACACUAAUUGUGGAUCUUUGCACACUACUAGUAGUAAUCUCGAGGAACAUAUUGAGAGUUGUCAUAGACAGCCACCUACACUGCCAAUGGAGCCUGAGAUAAUUUGUUUUGAAGGCCCCGAGAAUGUGAUAGACGAAGAAGGCAUGCAAAAGACUGACGAAGGAUGUUACGAAAAACUGCCAAGCGAAAACUUUACCUUAAAGGAAGAAUAUGGAAGUAACGAAGAAAGUUGUCACAUUAGAGACGAGACUAAACUUCAAACAAAGAACGACUUUUGUCACGAGCAGAAUAAGAUCGCAGCUCUUACAAAUAGCGAAGAUUAUUCGAAUAAUGAGCCUUUGAAUGGUAUUAAUAAGUUCUCUAAAAGUGAGGACCUACUUAUAAUUAAGGAUAAUUUCUUACGAAAAUACGAUACCGUCACACCAAAGUGCGAGGAAAUUCUCCAAGUGGAAUGCACGCAAGACAAGAAUAAUGUCGUUUAUAUAAACGGUGACAUAACUAUCACAAAAAAUAUGAAAACGGAAGUGUGCAAUUUAAAUUUACGAAAUCAAGAGCAUAGAAUAGAUUUGGGAAACUUGGAGCGAGUUUUUCGGAAUGGUCUCGAACGUGAGAACUCGAAGAUCGAGGACAGCUCGAUAGAAACAAACAGCAAUUGUUCGGAUGACGAGGAAUACACUCCGAAGAAACAACGCAUGUCUAGGUACAAACAGGAAACAUAUAAAUGUGACGUCAACGGUUGCGGGAAGAAGUACAAAUACAUAUCGCACUAUCGUCAUCAUCAAGACAGUCAUAAAUUAGUUACGAAUACAAUUAGUUCCAAUACUGGUAAGCAAGUGUCGAAGGUAAAACAAGGAAAGGCAUCCACUGUCAGCUUCUUCAUGUAAGUACA